AGCGUGCAAGUGUUUCGUUACAGCGGCUUAUUGAAUCUCGAUUAGAUAAGAAAACUAUAGCACUAUAUGCCUCUGGCUUGAGUCGCUUCAGUUCAGUGUGCGAAAUGCUGCUGAUCGCAAUUGUUGUGCUGCUGCUGACAGUCGCCAGUCUCUGCCAUUGGCGCCAAAGGGGCAGGCGGGCGGCAGUUGCCAAUCUGCCGGGUCCUUAUUGCUUUCCACUAAUUGGAGCCUUGCAUCGCGUCAUCAAUCUGAAUCCCAAAAAUUUCCUUAAACGAUCCCACAAAUAUAGUAUUGAACUUGGACAUUUGCAGCGUGUUUGGGUGCUGAAUCGCUUGAUGAUCACCAGCAGCGAUGUGGAGUUCAAUGAGCAGGUGCUCGCCAGCCAGGAGCAUUUGGUUAAGCAUCAGGUGUACAAGGUGCUGGGCCAGUGGCUGGGCAACGGCCUACUGCUCAGCGAUGGCAAAGUGUGGUACCAGCGUCGCAAGAUAAUCACGCCCACCUUCCACUUCUCGAUACUGGAACAGUUCGUGGAGGUCUUUGAUCUGCAGUCGAAUCUGUGCGUGCAGCGUCUGGAGCAGCGUGCCAAUGGAGAGACCUUCGAUGUCUAUCCCUUUGUCUGCCUGGCUGCCUUGGACAUCAUCGCUGAGACGGCAAUGGGCACCAAAGUGAAUGCGCAGCUGGCAGAGAGCACGCCCUAUGCCAAUGCUGUUACGGAAUGCACAGCAUUAAUGGCCUGGCGCUUCAUGUCGUUCUACCUGCAAAGCGAGCUGCUCUUCACGCUAACCCAUCCACAUCUCAAGCUUCGUCAGAUGCAGCUCAUACGCACCAUGCACGCAUUUACUACUGAGGUGAUUAAGCAACGUCGCCAGAUUCUGGAGGGGAUGCAGCGUGUGGGCGCAGAGCAGCCGCUGCAGAACGAGGUGGGCGGCAAGCGUCGCAUGGCGCUGCUGGAUGUGCUGCUGCAGGCGAGCGUGGAUGGACGACCGCUGAGGGACGAGGAGAUACGCGAGGAGGUGGACACAUUCAUGUUCGAGGGCCAUGACACCACCACCAGUGCCUUAUCUUUCUGCCUGUGGUGCAUAUCACGAAAUCCUCAAGUUCAGGCCAAAAUGCUGGAGGAGAUCCUGCACGUGCUGGGCAGCGAUCGCAGUCGCGCUGUUACCAUGCGAGAUUUGGGCGAGCUGAAGUAUGUGGAGUGCGUCAUCAAGGAGUCGCUGCGCAUAUAUCCGCCCGUGCCGCUAGUGGGCCGAAAGCUGCAAACCGACUUCAAAUACACACACUCCAAGUUUGGCGCGGCUGUUAUACCCGCCGGCUCUGAGAUUCUUAUGGGCAUUAUUGGCAUGCACAAUGAUGAGAAAAACUUUCCGGAUCCGCAUCUCUUCAAGCCGGAGCGUCAUGCCAACAGCGAACGCUCCACUUCGAGCUUUGCCUAUGUGCCCUUCAGUGCGGGGCCACGCAAUUGCGUUGGCCAGAAGUUCGCCCAGCUGGAGAUGAAGAUGCUGCUGGCCAAGAUUGUGCGCGAGUACGAGCUGCUGCCGCUGGGCGAGCCAGUGCAGGCUGUGGUUAACAUAGUGCUGCGCUCGGAUACAGGAUUUCAGAUGGGCAUGCGCAGGCGCAGCCAGCCAUAG